AACACAGAAAGUGUCUCGUACUUUCUUCCACACCGGUCCCGAUCAGAAAAACGAAACUCAGAGGAGAGAGAGAGAGACAGGACAGGAGUGUUUGUAAACUUUCACCAGAAAUUUAUUUCUGUAACUCUGUUCAUCGCAUGAUCGUAGAGAUCCAGAUGCUCUAAAUAGAAGAAGAAGAAGAAGAAUAAACCAGAGGAGGUAAUUGUUGUGCGUAACGAGGAGGGAUGGGAGAUGUGUGGACAUGGAUUAUUUCAUUCCUAAUCCAUAUCACUCUUGUCGGAUUCAUCGUCUACCAGCUUAUAUGCUUAGCUGAUCUGGAGUUUGAUUACAUCAACCCUUACGACUCUGCAUCAAGAAUAAACUUUGUGGUAUUACCAGAGUUCUUUCUUCAAGGCUUCCUAUGUUUUUUCUACCUCGUUACUGGUCACUGGUUCAUGUCACUACUUGGCGUCCCUUAUCUCUACUACAACUUCCAACUUUACUCGAAAAGACAGCAUUUGGUAGACGUGACUGAGAUCUUCAACUUGCUUGAUUGGGAAAAGAAGAAACGGCUCUUCAAACUUGCUUACAUGAUCCUCACUCUCUUCCUCACCAUUUUCUGGUUAAUCUAUUCAACACUGGACGAUGAGGACUGAAGGUAACACACAACCCCGGUGCGACAUGAAAAGAAAGGUUUAUCAUAUAUGUUUAUUACUAAAGAGUAUGUUGUUAGUGUAACCAGAUUUUAGUAUGUAGUGAACAUUCUUCUGAUCUUGCGGUGAUGAUGAUCAAAGUUUAAGUGUUAACAUUACAUUUGGAACCCUCUCCCUUGUUCAGAGGUUUUGUUUUACUGUUUAGCUGCAAAUUAAUCUGAAGUUCCAAACGAAAUUAACAAAUUCUUAAUUUGUAUGAUUUCAAAGGUUUAGAUAUGA